AAUCGCGUUCAUUGUUCGGCGGUUUGUUUGGUGCUCACGAGUCGCGAUGGCCGCUCCUAUUAUCGCGCUUUUGGAGUCGCUCGGGCAGCCUCGGCAACGCAUCUUUCGGGACGCAUUUGACGAGCUUACCGAGGAAGAGUUCCGCGACCACUUCAGGCUCUCGAAGCGCACUGUGCGCUGGCUCUGCGAGCAACUGGAAGACGCCAUCGGUGGCCUUCGGACCGGUGGCAUCACGACGCAAGAGAGGGUGCUUUGUGCUCUCCGUUUCUUCGCGACGGGGAGCUACCAAAGAUCCAUCGGCAGCGAAGAAUUCGUAUCGAUGGGGCAAGCUUCCGUGAGCGAAAGCAUUCACGCAGUUGCGGAAGCAAUAACCGUGGUGGGCCGGCAACAGGGCUGGGUAAGCUUCCCGUUGUCAACGGCCGGCAAGGCUACUGCAAAGGCGGCCUUUGCGGUUCGGGGCCGCAUUCCCGGUGUAGUGGGCUGCGUCGACGGGACGCUCAUAGCGAUCAAACAGCCCGAAGGACUCAGCCCGGGCGAGACCGCGGGCUUCAUGUCAAGAAAGGGCUUCUACGCCUUGAAUACCAUGAUCGUGUGUGAUGCCCACAUGCGCAUCGUGGACAUCGAUCCCCGUUUCCCCGGAUCGUGCCAUGACUCCUACGUGUGGAGGCACUCACCACUGUUAGGCCGCCUCACACGUAACCUGCGACGUGGAGAAUGGGUGCUUGGAGACUCGGGCUACCCUCUUGAGCCAUGGCUGCUGACUCCUGUGCCAGGCCAUCCAGGCAUUGACACUCCGGAGGGGCGCUACAACCAGGCCCAUGCCUCCAUGAGGAACGUUGUGGAGAGGGCUAUUGGCGUCUUGAAGGCAAGGUUCCGGUGCCUUCAAAGGUACCGGACACUCCUUUAUGAGCCCAAGGAUGCAGCCACAAUCGUGGCAGCCUGCGCCGCUCUCCACAACAUUGCUUUGAAGGCAGGGGAGCCGGAGCUGCAGGACAGUGAUGAGGAGGCUGAUGACAACCAGCCACCGCUGCAACAGGGCUUGCCUGUGUCUCAAGGGCACCACACCUGCCGGCAAGAAACGCCCAGAGAGCUGCUGAUGAGGGCGAAGCAGAUGAGGAGCCAGGUUGUCAACCUGUUCUCUGCGGCCCCUAGCUGGCGUACCACUCACCUGCGUGUGCUGCAUCGUCGGCUGAGGCAGCAACAGCAGCCUCGUCGCGCGGCUCAACCGUAA